AUGAUAUCCGAGAAGUUCCCUGAUGUAUUCACUUGGAUACAAAACAUUCCACAGAUCACAAGAUGGCACACAGCUUCUUUUUCCUUUUGCAUUUGUUCCUCAGCUUCUGAUUUCCCAAAUUCAACCCUAAAUCUCAUAGCACAAAGAAACCCUAGCCCUAAAUUCAUCACUUUCUCCAUCAUCGUCCAAUCCAAUAACCAUCCUCCUUUGAAUCUUUGGACAUCUAAACAACAACUCAAAAUCAACCCAAACUCACCAAACCCUUUUGAUGAACAAACAAUCAUCUCUCUCCUCUUCAAUUUCGUUGAAUCUAUCUUAACCUAUACGCCUAAUAGUUCCAAUUAUUCAACCAUCCAAAUCCCGAAACCCGAUCCCUCGAUGAUGAUCGACGGUCUUAAAGACAUAUUCAACACCGUGAUUCUCACUCUCUCGUUCGUCGUUUGCGUCUACGAAGCUCCUUUGUAUCUCCGUGAAGACUGCCUCAAUAACCUCAAGAACCAUUUGGUUACUUCUCGUGCAAGGCAAGCGACGGUGUCUCUGAUGAGGAUUCUAGGGUCUAAUUUGGAAGAACAAUGGAUGAGAUCGGUGAAUCUAGCGAUCACAAAUUGGAUCAUUGAGCGUGUUCGUUCUCAAUCCACCAAGACAGCAACAACUCCUUUGUUCUCCUACGCUGUUUCGGCUUAUGGAUUAUGGAAAGUGCAAUUGUACUGUCCGAUUGAAGCCAUGGAAGUGGAGAGAUCAAGCAACCCAUUGGCUGAUUCGAGAUUGUUGUUCUCUCUCAAGUUUAAUCAGCUCGAAGGUGUGAUGCAAUUCAAUCACGGAGUUGUAGUCAGAGAUAAGUGGAUCGAUGUGAUCGUGAACAUAGACAACAUCAGAUGCGAUGUAAUAAAGCUUGUAAACGAGAGACUAAUGUCGAGAAGAGGAGCAGGGGAACAUGAGAAGCACUUCCCAUCAAGAAUCUCUUUGCAACUAACUCCAACUCUCCAAACCGAUUUCAUAAGCGUCUCGGUAAGCAAAUCAUCAAACAACCCCGGACGAGAGUUCGAGGUAGAGAAAUCUAUCGAAGGCUCUUUCGACCCACCAAACUCGCUAGGCUUAAGAGUCGCGGGACGAGAAGCCUCGACCAUGACAAUGACCCCGUGGAAAUUCGAGCAGUCCGUGCUCGGCUACACAGCCAAUCUAAAUUGGAUCCUGUACGAUAGCAGCGUUGGAGGAAGAGAGGUUUUCUCAACAAAGCCGUCGAGGUGUUCAAUAAUGAGCCCGAGGUCUUGGUUUAAGGAUCGGUACGCAAGGGCGUAUCGGUCAUUUACGAGGAGGGGAGGAGUGAUAUUUGCAGGGGAUGAGUAUGGAGAGAGUGUGGUGUGGAAGAUUGGGAAAGGAGCAAUGGGGAGAAGAAUGGAGUGGGAGAUUAAAGGGUUUAUUUGGUUAACUUAUUGGCCUAAUAGGUAUAAGACUUUUUACCAUGAGACUCGAAGAUUGGAGUUUACACAACUUCUUCACCUCACCAUUGCUUAA